CGGUACCUACUUACUAAAAAUACCUAACUCUAUGGAGUAUGGAUAUUGGGUAUCACCGACGGCUACAUCGGUGGUGUUUUUAAACCAUUUGAAACUUUGAAUUGCUGUUGAUCGUUUGGAUACCGUAAUUGACAGCAUGUGUGGUAUAUUUUUGGAGUUAAGCUGCGAAAAAUGUAGCAUAGUGAACGAUAUUGAUGUCCUUCGAAGACUCAAAAACAGAGGACCCGAUCACUUACAGAGGAAGGAUUUUAUUUCUGAAAUUGGACACCACAUAGUUUUCGUAGCCUCAGUUCUAUGGAUGCAAGGUCCGCAAAUGACAUUACAACCUCUCGAAAAUGAAUGUGGCAUCCUUUUGUAUAAUGGUGAUAUAUUUGACGAAUCUUGGGAUAGCAGAACCAGCGACACGCAAAUAAUCAUGGAGAAACUUAGUUAUGAUUGUGACAGUCAAAUCGAUAAAGUGAUCAAUGUAUUAAAGUCACUAAAGGGGCCAUUCAGCUUAAUAUAUUACUGUAAAGUGACAAAUAAAUUAUAUUUCACUAGGGAUCGAUUUGGAAGAAACUCUUUACUCAUACAUAAAAAUUCAAAUUCUUUAGUAUUAUCCAGUGUCUUAGGUACACAGUAUGAGAAUUAUGAAGUUCCCGUAUCACACAUCUCUGUCUUGGACUUGAAUACUCAUAAGAUAUUGUUGUAUACAUGGAAAGCCACAGAUAUCGUUCAGCAAUGUAAUCUCAGUGAUUGGUUGAAGACAUUACAAUUAAAACAAAGUUUAUCUGAUGAAGAUUUUACCGUUGAAGCCAAUAUACCAUGGGAUAUAGAUGGUCUUGAGGAUACAGUGUCAUUCAUUGAAAGUGUUGCUAAGAAAACAAAAUGUAAUGUAACUAUUAUGAAGACGCUUAGUCAACACCCUGAAAUACAAACAACAAUUAAUAAAAUAAUUUACUUACUAAAUAAAAGUAUUCAGAAAAGGUUAAAACGCCAGCCAAAUUUGUGUAGGAAUUGCUUGAAAAUUACAGAAAUAAACUGUAGUCAUAGUGCGGUUGGAGUAUUAUUUUCGGGUGGCUUGGAUUGUACAAUACUUGCAUUGCUAGCUGAUAAGUAUGUACCAAAAAACCAAAGCAUAGAUUUGCUUAAUGUAGCAUUUAAUAAAGAGAACCCAACAUAUGAUGUACCUGACAGGAUAACCGGUAGAAAAUCUUUAGAAGAGCUAAGAAGAUUAUGUCCAUUACGGAAAUGGACUUUCAAAGAAAUUAAUGUACCAAAAGAAGAGUUGGAAGAAUUUCAGAUUAAUGUAAUAGCUGACUUGAUUUAUCCAAGACAAACUAUUCUGGAUGAAAGUCUUGGCUCAGCAUUAUGGUUUGCCGCUCGAGGCCAAGACCAUCACUCCGUGUCUAAUUGUAGGGUUUUAUUUAGUGGUACUGGUGCAGAUGAAUUAUUUGGUGGAUACACAAGACACAGGGCUGUUUUUAAACGGUUAGGAUGGGCUGGUCUAUGUAAAGAAUUACAAUUAGAUUGGGAAAGGAUCCCAUACAGAAAUUUAGCUCGGGAUAACAGAGUUAUUUGUGAUCAUGGUCGACAACCCAGAAUGCCCUAUCUAGAUGAAGAAUUUGCUGAAUUUGUUAUCCAUUUAAAACCUUGGUUAAAAUGUUUUCCAAGUAAACAUUUGGGCCAUGGCUUAGGCGACAAAUUAAUGCUGAGACUCGUAGCUUAUAAUAUUGGUUUGAUGGAAGUCUCUACGUUUCCCAAAAGAGCUCUACAAUUUGGAUCUCGAGUAGCAAACAAGAAUGAAAAAGGUUGUGAUAAGUCAUUUUUUUUCAGGAAUCAAAUAAAAAAUAAAAUAGUAUCAUGAAUUUUGAUCAAAUCUUGUAACGGUUUCUAGUAGUAUGUACAUAACUACAUAGUAUCAGACGGGAACCACAAAGAAUCAAUAGAGAAAACAACAAAAAUGGUUUUCCCUUAAAUAACAUGUAAUUGAUAGGCUUGAAAAUAAAUUAAAACCCUCUUG